GUCACUUCGAGCUCGAUAAACAAGAAGAAUGAUCCUGCUGUUGCUUGUUGUUUACGAAGGACUGUUUGCUAGUUAUAUGGACGCGGUUGGGUUCUCUCUGGACCACCCAAGUGUCAACUGCAAGCCUGAAGAUUGUAAUGAUGUACGACAGCAGGGGUUCUAUGAAAGUGGGGUAUAUCGGAUUUGGCCCCGGUACUACAACAAACCUGUCCAGGUUUUUUGUGAUAUGACAACGGACGGAGGGGGGUGGACGGUAAUCCAGAGGAGAGAUGACAUCGAACCCAGGCAAGAUUUCUACCAACCUUGGGAACAAUACAAACACGGUUUUGGAAAUCUUACAGGAGAGUUUUGGUUAGGUAACGAUCUUAUAUUUGUGUUAACCAAUAAAGAGAACAUGAUUUUACGAAUAGAUAUGAAAGCUUUUAACGGAGAAAGAAAACAUGCCAGGUACCAAAACUUUCUCGUCCGAAGUGAGAGGGAUCUCUACAACAUGACUGUUGGGUCGUAUGAUGGAACUGCUGGAGACUCUCUGUCCUACCAUAGUGGGUUCUUUUUCUCCACAAAAGACAAGGACAAUGACCAACAACAUUCUCAUAACUGUGCUGAAAAGUACGGGGGUGGUUGGUGGUUUAAAAGAUGUUUAAAUAGUAACUUAAACGGCCUUUACCAGCCUGAUGAAAAAGCCUCGAACAAAAGCUAUACUGGAAUAGCUUGGUAUCGUUUCAGGAAUUCCUCCCAUUUUUACCUCAGAAGUUCAGAGAUGAAGAUCAGACCCGAGUUUUAAUUUGUUGAUACCCAUCUUUUUAUUAGAGAACUUUUAAGUAUUUGCUUCUUAAUUAUCAUAUAAAAUAAAUCGUUAUUUUGAUUCAAACUGUUUGCGGGAUGUCGUUCGGUAUUGAAAUAUUCGUAAAAAAACAUAUGACACCCAGCAUUUCCUUAAUAGGUGACAGAAAAACAAUUUUUAAAUGGGGUAUGUUUUUCUCAAACAAUAUACGUCCUAGUUGUGAAUUUGUAGUACCCUAGCUUAUAUUAUUCUGUAGUGUCUUAGCUUAUACUAUUCUGUAGCGUCUUAGCUUAUACUAUUCUGUAGCGUCUUAGCAUAUACUAUUCUGUAGUGUCUUAGCUUAUACUAUUCUGUAGCGUCUUACCUUAUACUAUUCUGUAGUGCCUUAGCUUAUACUAUUCUGUAGUGUCUUAGCUUAUACUAUUCUGUAGCGUCUUAGCUUAUACUAUUCUGUAGUGCCUUAGCUUAUACUAUUCUGUAGUGUCUUAGCUUAUACUAUUCUGUAGUGUCUUAGCUUAUACUAUUCUGUAGUGUCUUAGCUUAUACUAUUCUGUAGCGUCUUACCUUAUACUAUUCUGUAGCGUCUUACCUUAUACUAUUCUGUAGCGUCUUACCUUAUACUAUUCUGUCGCGUCUUAGCUUAUACUAUUCUGUAGCGUCUUAGCUUAUACUAUUCUGUAGUGUCUUAGCUUAUACUAUUGUGUCGCGUCUUAGCUUAUACUAUUGUGUAGCGUCUUAGCUUAUACUAUUCUCUAGUGCCUUAGCUUAUAUAAGUUCUUUAGCUUACAGCGAACAAUAAACGUAGAGUUUCCAUUAAAGUUCUUAUCCACAUAUCAAUAUCCAAAUACAAACUCCUUCGUGAAAACGAUUUCUUGGUAUUCUUUUUUAUAGUUCAUGUUAUUAGUUUUAGUAAAAUUUUUGUAGUUAUAUCUCUCUUUUUUUUUAAUCCGGAAUAUUUUGUAUGAAACAGU